AUGGCGGCGCGGGCAGGGUCGGUGCGUGCGCGGGCCCCGGUGGCAGCGGCCGCGGAGCCCGUUCCAGAUCGGCCCUGGACCAUCAUCGGCGGCGGGCGCGUCGGCGAGGCGCUGGCCGGCAUGGGCCCGGGCGGCGACGUGGUGGUUCGGCGCGGCGAGAGCCUCCCCGCGAACGCGCCCGAGGGGCCGAUCGUGGUGUGCACGCGCAACGACGUGCUGGACGAGAUCGUGGACAAGUGUCCGGAGGAGCGUCGGAAGGACUUGGUGUUCAUUCAGAACGGGAUGCUGCAGCCGUGGCUGGACUCGCGGGGGCUGGGGGACAACACGCAGGUGCUGGUGUACUUCGCGGUGGCGAAGAAGGGCGACGCGCCGGUGGACGGGAAGACCGACGUGAACCCGGAGGGCCUGACCGCCGCGACGGGCCCGUGGGCGGGCGCGGUGGCGGCGCGCUUGGCGGCGGGGGGGCUGUCGUGCAAGGUGCUGGGGAGGGAGGAGUACGCGGCGUCGAUGCUGGAGAAGCUCAUCUGGAUCAGCGCGGUGAUGCUCGUGGGCGCGCGGCACGGGGAGACCGUCGGCGAGGUCGAGGAGAAGCACCAGGACGAGUUCGCGGCGCUGGUGGAGGAGCUGGCGACCGGGGGCGCGCAGGCGCUGGGCAUCGCGCUGCAGGACGGCGUCGUGGAGCGGCUGAGCGCGUACUCGCGGUCCGUCGCGCACUUCCCGACCGCGGUGAAGGAGUUCGAGUGGCGCAACGGGUGGUUCUACGCCAUCACCGAGCGCCAAGUGACCGCGGGGCGGCCGGACCCGUUCCCCACGCACACCGCGUGGCUCGAGGAGGUCGGCGCGAUCUGA